AAAAGAAGAAAAUAGAAUCAGAAAUUUGUUUUAAUUAAAAACAAUCUAUUUUUUACGGCAGGUCUCCUUUGUUUUCAGACAAGCCCCUGCUGGCCGUGGUUUUUGCUUGCGCCAUCAUAACUUAUAACAGUCUGAAAGACUUUUAUGUCUUUCGGACUUUUAUAAGUUAUGAUGGCAAAAACCGAAAAUGCACUUUUGCACACAGUAAGACAGUAGGUGGCACCUGUGAGUGACACCACUAGGGGCUACCACAGAAUAUAAUCUCUGCUUCCUUUCAUCUGAAAGUCCAGAUGAUGUCAUAACUGUCCUGCUGUGGAACGCUUUAAGUCCCCAGUGACCUGAGCACCUGAAACAGCCAAGGAGCUCAGGCCACUGGAACAAAACUCACUGUCAACCAAGAACCUAAGUACUGAAAACCCAACGGAGGCAGUACUACUACACACACAUCAGCUGCUCUACUGCACUAAAAGAAGUAGAGGUCAAACCAAGACGGUAUCACGAAGUUCUUCAGUCUCUACUGUUCUAAACAGUUCUACUGAUUCCACUGACACAGACGUGCAUCACAGACAUACAACAAACCCAACAAAACGCUGGUUUCCAUUGUUGGGUGACAACAAUGAAAAGAAAGGCUCCAAGAAAACAGGAGACCAACGGAAAACGACAGAGGGCUGAGGGUGAACCAUUGGAGUCUGGGAGUACUUGGGAGACCAGGGAGGUGCUGGUCACAGAGAGGAGUCAGGGUGGGAGCAGUGCCUUCCUUCUGGGUCAUACCAGUAAUGCUGAAUUCAUGACCAAGUACAAGCCUCUGUACAUGCUAGGCAAAGGAGGGUUUGCUUCAGUCUACGCUGGAAAAAGAAGGGCUGAUAAUCUUCCAGUGGCAAUCAAACGUAUACCAAAAUUAGACGUGUCCAUGCGAUCGGUGACAGUCAACGGCACCAGACAUAAGAUCCCUCUUGAGGUUCUCCUGAUGCAAAAAGCUGGAGGAGAACCAGAGCUGGUGGGUCGAGCCACAGCCGUGUCCAUACUGGACUGGUAUGACCUGGAGCAGCACAUUGUUCUGGUCAUGGAGAGACCGGUGCCAUGCACAGACCUUUUAGAGUUCAUCGACGUCAAUGGUCCGCUGGAAGAGGACGAAGCCAAGGUCAUCAUGAGGCAGCUGGUGGACGCAUCCAUCCAGAUGCACUCAGCAGGAGUCUUCCACAGAGACAUCAAAUCUGAGAACGUUCUCAUUGAGAAAUGCUCGGACGCUCCAAGAGUCCGGAUCAUCGAUUUUGGAUGUGCUUGUAUUCUGAACAAGAGAAACAAGUGCUUUCGCUCCUUCUCUGGAACGUCUGCGUAUGUUCCACCAGAGUUCUACGUACGUGGGACCUACAGAGCUGGACCCACCACAGUCUGGCAGUUGGCUGCUCUGCUGUAUGAAAUGCUGGAUGGAUACCUUCACUUCACCACCAAGGGGUUUCUGUGCAAUGAGUUCAACAUCAGCAGCGAUCUGUCCCAGGACUGCCAGGACUUUCUCAACAUGUGUUUGGCUCUGAAGCUAAAGGACCGCGCAACUCUGGAGCAAAUGCAGCAGCACCCGUGGCUCAGGAGCACAGACUCUCUUCCUGUCACCCCCCCCCAGGACCCAGGCACCUCCUGCCAACACCCGACGGACCAUGUUUCCACUGUGGACAACCGUGUCCCUGUAGUUGUUGUGACUCAUUAUGAUUCCUUGUAACUGUAAUUAAAUGUGAUGUAACAAUAAUGGUUUGAUUGCCUGUUGACUGCCUGUUUUUACUUUGACACAGAAAGGCACAGAAACCAAGGGUUAUGUGAAAAAGUCAUUUAACGAAACCAGAAAUUAAACACAAGGUCCGCAGCAUGGACACUGUACUCCGUUCAGCUGAUUAGUUUAAAAAGAUCAUGUUAUUACACCAAGGAUUAUAAGCCCGUAAUUGGCCUUUUGUCAGCAAAAGACGCCCUGUACAGUUGAACAUGAGCACAGACAUGACAGCACUGACUCCAGCUGGUCCACAAAGACCUACUGCAGUCUCUGCAGACCUGCCUGAACCAAAACUGGAACUCUCCACUAUUUUGCCAAUGCAGGUAAAUCGUUUCUGAUUUCCAUGCGUUACAGUCAAAGGAGCCAAAAAAUCCACUAGUGGUACAUGUGCCAUAGUUUGAGAACCCUAAUCUACUGUAUGUUCCCUGUAUGUGGACUUGACACAGUGGAUUUAAAGUCUGGUACUGUCCUCUCCAACACCAGGUCAGUGUUGUCUUAAAACUUAUCUGGUUAUAAGUUCCCUUAAACAGCCAUGGAACAUUAGCCAAUCAGCAAGAACCACCAGCGUUUGAUCACAUUUGCAGCCUGGUGAUAUCAACAUGUCCUUAUUUAGACCAGUGGUUCCCAAACUGUCUACAACUCCACCCUCUGUAGAUGGGGCUAUUGUCAAGCUGCCUAUUUUAGUACAUUCAGGACAGCUUCUUGCCCCCAACGGACCUGCCCCCUACAUUGGGAACCACCAUUUUACAUCUUGUGGCAUCAUUACAGCGCCUCACAGUGGACAUACUG